AUGUCUGGAGGCAGCCCUGAUGGGCAAAACACGCCCAAGAACGUGUCGACUGCCGUACAUCGACGACCGAGUCUGCCGUCAUGGCUGAAGCACUUCAAUGUCGCCGACUUCAAGAUCUUCACCCGCUGUUUCAUUGCCGCAUGGGUGGCGAUGAUACUCACCUUCAUCACUCCGGUCCUCGGCACGACCGGCCAGGCGACCUUCUUCGCCGCCCUGGUCCUCUUCAUCGUCCCGCCCGCCAGCAUCCUCUUCAUCUACCUGCUCGGCUCCCUCUCCCUGCUCGCGGGCAUGUGCCUGGCCUGGGCAUGGGGCCUCCUCACCAUGAAGGCCGCGCUGGCCGUGCGCUCCGACGAGGAGACGGCGGCCAAGCUGCAGGCGCUGCAGCAGGCGGCGACCACCGCGGCCCAGAACUCGGGGCAGAGCGUGGCGUGGGAGCAGCUGAUCCUCGUCCGUGAUGGGUUCAUGCUCGAUGCGCGCGUCACCGCCGUGUUCUACGUCAUGGUCUGCGCCUUCAUCUAUGUGAUGGCGCGGCUGCGGUGCAGCAACCCCAAGCUCACGCUCACGCAGCUCUUCGGCACCAUUGCCAUGGAUAUCUUCCUGCUGUUCGGGCCCACGCUGCCCAAGUUCGCUGCAAGCAUCGGGCAGCUGCUCAUCGAGCCGGGAGCCAUUGGGGUUGGCAUCGGCGCGGUCUGCUGCCUCCUCUUCUUCCCCACGUCGACGUCGUAUGCCGUACUCGACACGAUGGGCAAGCUUGUCGCGACAGUUGAGACGCCUUUGGACGCGCUGCGGAGGCGACUUGGUAGUGAUAAAGUGCCGCUGGAGCAGCUCGUCGCCUCCAAGGCGAGGAUGAUCGGGCUGUACAAGAUGAUGCUGCCGACAAUCGGCUUUCUCCCCCUUGACUUUUCUCGUUGUCGUUGGGGCGCGGAGGAUAUCAAAGAGCUUCAGGGAUCUGUGCGGGAAGCCAUGGUUGCCAGUCUCUCGCUGCUUGAUAUCCAUAUCGCCUGGGUCACUUCUAACGAGAAGUUUGAAAAGUUUGCUGGACGUGACGAGACCUCCGAUUCCGGAGAGGACGCGGAGGCGAAGAAGGAGGGAGAGAAGAAAGGAGAGGAGCAGACUGCCGGGCACCGCGAGAUGAUGGAGAAUGCGCACAUCAUGGAAGCGUUCAAAAGCCCCGAGCGACAUGAGAUGGAUGUCAACGCCCUCGAGGCACUCAGGAAUACGACGGCCGAUUUACUGGGGGCUUGCUCACAUGCUGUCCUAUUGAGCGGUCGUUGCAUCCAGGCCGUUAAUAGCUGCCGAUGGAUCAGGAAAACCUCGCAACAGCAGUUUGAUGACUUAACCAGGCAGAUCGAAACAACGUUGGUGACAUUGUCGGCUGCUCGCGCAACCUGCGUCAAGGACACGACCGAAGGGGUCCUCGAGGCAUACUCGGAUAUUUUCGAUGAAAAUGGCGACCUCAAAGCAUCCUGGAGCCUCGGUCCUCCGGCUCUCAAGGGCAUAAUCCUCGCCAUGGUUGUUGAAGAACGGAUUCUGGUUGCGGCGACGACGAUGGAGAAGUUGCUUCGCCACACCCUCCGCCUGAUGAAUGAGCGAAAGACGACCCGAAUGUGGUUCCCAACCGGCCUCCGAUACGCAUUUUCCUGGCUGUUCAAUGGAAAAGCAACGGUCCCCGUCUCUGGAGACUUCAACGACCCCGAGGUAGAUCCUGACUCGGUCAAGGAACCGACGUCGCUCGAGGAUGACGCCAAGGAGGCGUACCGACGCCUCAAGCUGAGUAGCGGUUAUGGCAGUGCAUCAGCACGCUCACGAAACGCUCUCGCCCGUGUCCUUGUAGCUACAUACAAGUGGCUGUUCAACCCUUCCGGUAUGUAUGCCCUUCGGAUGGUGAUUGUCACCAUCGCCACGGCGAUUCCUGCGGCCAUCCCGCAAACUGCCGGCUUCUUCUAUCGAGAGAAAGGGAUAUGGGCUGUCAUUACUGCGCAGACGGCCAUCCUGGUGUACAUGGCAGACUUCACCUUCUCCCUCGUCACUCGCAGCAUGGCCACUAUAAUUGGAGGAGUGAUGGGUAUGAUCGCAUGGUACAUGGGUUCCGGAAAUGGAUCAGGCAACCCGUAUGGUUUGGGCGCAAGCACGGCGCUGAUGAUCUUCAUAAUCAUGUGGCUGCGCCUUUACUUGCCACCUGCCUGGAUGAAAGCCACCAUCCUGCUCGGCGCAACUUUCGUUCUCGUCGUCGGCUUCAGCUUCGAUCACCACCAUCUCGGUCAGCAGUAUGGACUACCUGGGGUUGGCUAUGUCGCGUUCUGGAAACGUGUCGUCACCGUCUUGAUUGGGUUCGCGGCAGCGACCGUUGUACAGGUUUUCCCACGACCCCCGUCGGCUACUAAACAUGUCUGCAAGAGCCUCUCUGCCUGCGUGAGGACGCUCUCGGACCACUACGCGUUGCUUCUAUCACACUGGGGCCGAAAUGGGCAGCACAGCCCGCUGGGUGCUGUCGCUGAGGAAAUAUCUCUGGAUGUUGGAGAGUCAUUGCUGACCCUGAAUGAAAUGAUUGGGUUGCUUCAGUUUGAGCUGACCACAGGACCGUUCAACCAAGCGAUUCUGAAAGGCGUUCAAGCUCACUGCCAUUCCAUGAACCAAGCCCUGAGAAGACUGCUCAGCCUCUCUUCGUCGCUCCCAGAGAACCUCCAAGACAGACUUUCCCAGACAUUUGGAGUCUUGGAUGACCGUGUUGUGGGCGAUGUCAUGGCCGUUCUCAGCAUCGUGGAGCAGAGCUUGCUGACCGGAGCUCCCCUCCCCGAGAGAUUGCCAACGCCCCUCAUCCGCCAGUUUUAUGAUACGUGGCGCGUCAAGCAUGGCAGUCAGAUGUUGACCAAGUCGUUGGUCCGUGAUGAAAAUUAUCGUCGCUACUGUGUGGCCAUGUCUGCGUAUCUGAAGUUCCUCUCAACGAUCGAUGAUCUCGUCAUACACUUGAAGCAGGCAUUAGGGGAGUGUCAUCAUGUUCGCCAGUGGGAGGAUGCCUGA